GCCAGCCUCAAGAUGGCCGCCUUGUGGCGUUUCUGGCGCUGUUGAAUGGAGAAAUCUUUAUUGUUCCCUUCGGGCAGGAGUGUUCGUGUCCUCCAUGGCGCUGUCAAUAAAGAACGGCAGUUUGAAUCGGUGCUGAACAGGAUCUAGCGCUGAUCCUCACAAAGCAGGUUCUGGAAGAAGAGAGGAAGAGACGGCCUCGCGGCAGAGCCGAUCCGAUGGAGCUCCCCAACUACAGCCGGCAGCUGCUCCAGCAGCUCUACACACUGUGCAAGGAGCAGCAGUUCUGUGACUGCACCAUUUCCAUUGGGACCAUUUACUUCAGGGCCCACAAACUUGUCCUGGCCGCUGCCAGCCUCCUCUUCAAAACCCUGCUGGACAACACAGACACCAUCUCCAUCGAUGCAUCCGUGGUGAGCCCCGAGGAGUUCGCCCUCUUGUUAGAGAUGAUGUACACUGGCAAACUACCUGUGGGCAAGCACAACUUCUCCAAAAUCAUCUCUUUAGCCGACAGCCUCCAGAUGUUUGACGUGGCUGUUAGUUGUAAAAAUCUCCUGAGUAGCCUUGUAAACUGCUCUGUGCAGGGUCAGGUGGUGAGGGAUGUCUCCGUGCCACCCUUGGAGUCAUUCAGGAAAGAGUCGGAGAAGCCUGAAGUAGAAGUCCUUUCUUCAGAGGGUGCGGGAGAGCCCUCCUCCCCGGGGGGUUCCACCCCGGUGAAGGCCGAGACGCAGGAAGCCGUCCCUACGGUUGCACAAGAGAUGAGUGUGGGGCCUUCCCCUGCCCAGGAGCUUCAGGGGGAUGCAGACGCGCCAGUGGAGACUCCUCUCACUGCGGAGGUCUGUCCUUCCUCCCCUGUUGUACAAGCCUCCAGUGAGGCAAAGGAGGCCAGCACAGAACCAGAGUAUGAGACAAAACACUCGCAGAUGAAUUUUCUUCUAGAAAAUGAAAGUAUCUUCUCUGACGCACUCUUGGUUACCCAGGAUGUUUUAAAAAAACUAGAGGAAUGUUCAGAAAUUAAAGGUAUACAGAAGGAGACCAUGAUGGGAUGUCUUGUGGGUGCAGAAGGACAUUCAGCAUUCCAGAGAAUCCUGGAUAAAGUAAGAGAUGAGAGCCUGGAUGUUCCGACGGUUGUGUCCCUGCUGAGGCUGUACCAGGAUUCUAAUCCUGCAGUGAAGACAGCACUGUCAGGUGGAAAGCCAGAGGAUGUGGAAGCCGUGCAGCCAAGAGGGGGGAGCACAGGAGCGGGAAAGACCUUGUCCGCUCUGUUACUAGAACACAAAGAGGACCUGAUCCAGUGUGUAACCCAGCUGAGACCUAUUAUGGAGUUCCUGGAAACAGCCACAGAGGAAUUCCUGCCCGGCACUGAGAAAAGGGUGAUUCUGAAUUGCUGUGAGAGCGGAACACCCAAGGAGACGAUAGAAAAGUUGUUGCACAGAAUGUCUGAGGAGAGGACCCUGACUGCGGAGAGUUUGGUAAAAGUCCUUCAGGCUGUGAAGAUGGCGUUCCCGGACUUGGGCCUCCUGCUGGAGAAUUUGCAGAAACUAGCCACUUUGCCGAGCACCCCAGUGCAAGUGAGCCCUGAAGAUUACGGGACUGAGCUAUUGAGACGCUAUCACGAAAACCUCUCUGAGAUUUUCACAGACAACCAGAUGUUAUUAAACAUGAUCCCGCACCUGAAGAGUUUAGCCCCUGGAGAAAGAGAGGUCAUGGAGACGCUGGUGAAACGUGACUCUGGUUCGGGUGGUUUCAGUUCUUUGAUGUCAGCAGUUCUAGAAAAGCAGACUCUCUCCGCGACAGCCGUGUGGCAGCUGCUGCUGCUGGUUCAGGAGACAAAGGCCUGCCCGCUGAGCCCGCUCAUGGAGGAAAUGCGAAGGGAGCCGGGCGCCGGCGCUUUCUUCCGGGCAGUGACCACCCCGGAAAGUGCUGCCUUAGGAACCAUCCUGAGGCACCGCACGGUGAUCCUGGAGGCCAUCCAGCACACGCUUGAACUCAAGGGCUUGACCUCAGAGGAAGAGCGCCUGGCGGAGGCUGUGAAAGAGAUUCUGAGCAUCCCCUCUGAGACAGCCAGCCCUGAAGCUUCCCUGCGAGCAGUGCUGAGCAGAGCCACAGAGAAGUUGGUGUCGGCCACUGAGAUGUGUCAGCUCCUAUGCAGCGCCCGCCGCUGCUCCCCAGGCCUGCAACCUGUCGUGCAGGAGUUAGCACACACUGGUUUCCUUACUCAGGAAAAUGGAGAGAAGGACAGGUGGAAGGUGAGUAAUAAAUUUCACCUGGAAGCCAACAACAAAGCUGAUGCAAAGGCAGCUGAGCCCAUUGAAGAAGACUGCCAGUCCCGGAAGCAGAACAACCAAGGGGAGGCUCGUUCCUUGCCAGAACAAGAGAAAGAUACUUCUGCCUCCCCUGACUCUGCCAAGAAGAGCUUUGUGUGUAAGGCCUGUGACAAGAGCUUCCAUUUCUACUGCCGCCUGAAGGUGCACAUGAAGCGCUGCCGGGUGGCCAAGAGCAAGCAGGUGCAGUGUAAGGAGUGUAAUGAGACCAAGGAUUCUAAGAAAGAGCUGGAGAAGCAUCAGCUGGAGGCCCAUGGUGCAGGGGGAGAGGCUGACGUCCCCAAGAAGAAGAAGAAGAGGCUUCCAGUGACCUGUGACCUCUGUGGCAGAGAAUUUGCUCAUGCCUCAGGCAUGCAGUACCACAAGCUGACCGAGCACUUUGACGAGAAGCCUUUCUCCUGCGAAGAGUGUGGGGCAAAGUUUGCAGCCAAUUCUACCCUGAAGAACCACCUCCGCCUCCACACUGGGGACCGCCCGUUCAUGUGCAAGCACUGCCUCAUGACCUUCACCCAGGCCUCGGCCCUGGCCUACCACACCAAGAAGAAGCACUCAGAAGGAAAAAUGUACGCGUGCCAGUACUGUGAUGCUGUGUUUGCCCAGUCCAUCGAGCUGUCCCGCCAUGUGAGGACCCACACCGGGGACAAGCCCUAUGUCUGCAGGGACUGUGGCAAGGGCUUCCGGCAGGCCAAUGGCCUCUCCAUCCACCUGCACACCUUUCACAACAUAGAAGAUCCGUAUGACUGCAAGAAGUGCAGGAUGAGCUUCUCCACUCUGCAGGAUCACCGCAAGCACAUCCACGAGGUGCACUCCAAGGAGUACCACGCCUGCCCUACAUGUGGGAAGAUCUUUAGCGCCCCCUCCAUGCUGGAGCGCCACAUGGUGACCCACGUUGGAGGGAAGCCCUUCAGCUGCGGGAUCUGCAACAAGGCCUAUCAGCAAUUGUCUGGUCUGUGGUACCACAAUCGGACCCACCACCCUGACGUGUUUGCUGCUCAGAACCAUCGAUCUUCUAAGUUCUCAUCACUCCAGUGCAGCUCGUGUGACAAAACCUUUUCCAACACCAUUGAACACAAGAAGCACAUCAAAACAGAGCACGCAGAUAUGAAGUUCCAUGAAUGUGACCAGUGUAAGGAGAUCUUCCCCACGCCAGCUUUGCUCCAAGUUCACAUCAAGUGCCAGCACUCAGGGUCGCAGCCAUUCAGGUGCUUGUACUGUGCAGCCACCUUCCGCUUCCCCGGAGCGCUGCAGCACCACGUCACCACGGAGCACUUCAAGCAGUCGGAGAGCACCUUCCCCUGUGAGCUCUGUGGGGAACUCUUCACCUCCCAGGCCCAGCUGGAGGGUCACCUGGAAUCUGAGCACCCAAAGGUGACGGGCACUGAGACCCAGGCAGCAGCCUCGCAGGUGGUGCAGGUGAUCCAAACCCCGGAGCCGGCCGCCGCAGCAGAGCAGGUGAUCACUUUGGAGGAGACCCAGCUUGCUGGAUCGCAGGUGUUUGUGACGUUGCCGGACUCGCAGACGUCUCAGACCAGCUCUGAGCUCGUGGCGGUGACCGUGGAGGAUCUGCUGGACGGGACCGUGACCCUGAUCUGUGGUGAGGCCAAAUGAGUGGCUGCUCAUCGGUGAAGGGGGCCUGCACUUGCAGCAGAGAGAAAGCUCCACGGCGGGCCCUUUGCCCUCUGUCCCUGGCUGUCCUGCGUGAUGAGCAUCUUAGCCCAGCACCAACCAAAGUGUUCUCACUUGGAAAAUAGAUGGAAGAAGUGUCAUUGUUCUCAUAGAACCAACAGUGCCAACCCACCGCCCUCCCACAGGCUGGCCAUGGCCUCCGUGACACUGUCCAUCCCUCAGCAGAGCAUAGCUUCUGAAAUAGAGUUGGAAAGCCAUGGGCAGGAGCUGGUGACCAGGUAAGCACAGAGGUGCCAGGAGCCCGCAGCCCUCUGUGCAGAAUGGCAGGUGUGGGGCUGCAGGUGCUGUCAGUGCCUUCUGCCCACGUAAGAGUGAGAGAAAAGCACCCACGGACCAUCCAGGGGCCCCAGUCUUGAGCACACUUGGCCCCUUCCUCCCAUCUCUCAUCCCCCCAGCUGCUGGUCAUGGACAGGAGCAGCCUGUGAACACAGCAAGGCCUCGUCUACCUGGGACUCCCACCCGGGCAGUGCUGUCAGCCCUUCCGCAAGCGAAGCCUGGGAGAGUUCCUGCUGGACGUGUUCAGUGGAGGCCAUCGGCUGCAAAGCCCUCCCUGCCCCUCCGGGAUCUUCGCGGUGCUCUGUACUGAAGGCUGAGCCUCGGCCUUCCCCAUGGCCCAAUCCCCUUCCCUGUCAACGCCUGCCUUCUGCCUGACCUGGAGCCGUGCCCCUCCCUCCGGAGCAUGUAAUAGAGCUCGCAACCCACGCCAGGUGGAGCAGUGCCCGUGACCGCCCCGGCGCUGCCUCCUGCCACCGUCCUCCACGCUGGGUGUUGGCCUGUUGUCUGCCUCUUCCAGGCUGCCACCGCUUCUGCAGGUCAAGGAUCCUUUGGAGUCUGAAUCGCACCAGGCUUUUUAUCUUCCGUUCCUAACAUGUAAUCUGAUAAUUAAUGGGUUGUGGAGUCCAUUAUGAAGUGCAAUUAGAUGGAUAUAGGUCCCCGCCAUUUGGAGAGAAUGACUAGCAUUUAUCUUCCUUUCCUCCAUGCCAGGAGGUUGGUCUGCUAGUGCAGUGUUUACACACAGGCAGGCUCGCUGCCACCUCGGGGCUUGCCCCCCUGCAGAGAGCAGUGCCCAAUGUGAUCACUGGCCUUCAAGCUCGAGGUGGCAGAAGACUAGCCCGCCCCUUUCCAAGCACAUUUCACAUCGCCAGGGGCAAGCAGGGAUAAAGAGUCCACGCUGGUCACGGGACAGGCUUUUAUCGCCACCACACACUGCUGGAAAGGCAGAGGUGGGCCCUUAACACUGACCAGUAUGUUCGUGGGCCAGGGCCUGUGCAGGCAGUGAGCUCCUGUCUGGGCCCUCCACCCAUAAUCCUGCCUCCAGGGUGUCCUCCUUGUGAUAUGCAAAUCGCUGGAGCUGGUCAGCUCAAGGGUCUUCAUUCUGAAGUCAAUGAUGUUUUCAAAGGCAAGUCGGCCUCAGAAGCCAAAAACUGACCAGAAGAUGGUGCUCAAACCUUUGAGACUUCGCCUCCACGUGAAACCUUCACAGCUUCUGCCAAGCCUGUCUGUCUCCUUAAGGUUUUCACCUGUGAGCUGUCAGCCCGGGAGAGCUCUCCAUCUGCAAGUGGCGAAAUGGCACUGACUCCCGCUGACACCAGAUAAACCCACUGAAAGAGUGGAGUGGCCUGUGCUUACAGCGCCUGAGGCCCAGCCCAGCGAUGAGGACACAGCUCCUCAGAGCCACAGGCUGCGGCUGGGAGCUGCGUGUCCUCAGGACAUCUUCCAGCCAAAACACAAAUGAAUGAAAAGGAAUUGCCGAGGGCCUGCAGGAGAGAGUGGUUUCUCCUUUUAAACAGUCUUCCGCAUAAAAAAGGUGCAUGUUUUAAACCCAGUUCGGAUCCUUUCCGGUGCUGAGAACCUCUUUCUUAAUUUCUGAUGGAGCCGGGCUGUGGCAGGACAUGUUUUCUCCCGUCACCAGCCCAGGUCGCCGUGCUGGGAGCUACACGGAAGCCAGACUGACUGCUGCUGUCAGACUCACCAGGGCACCCGCGUCGGCACGGCCUUGUGCUCAUUCUCGUGGGUCUGAGGAAGGGCCAUCCUGGGUUUAGUCUCUGCUCCGAGGGGACCUUUGCAACAUGCGGCAUUGGCAGUGACCUUACACUCUCCCUCUCUGGAGAUGCCCAGGUGUGAUUUUAUUGUAGAAAAAAUUUUCUAGCUCUAGCUGGCCAUUUUAUUCUUUCCCCCACUUCUGCCAGAGAGACCUUCUGAGUUACUGCCACAGAGGACACUGUUAUCGUGGCCUCGUCCAGCUCACCGACUUGCUUCAUGGCAGUGGUCUUCUCUGCCUCGUUGCUGUGGGUGCUGCCUGUGGCCUCCGGCUGAACGCGGGGCAUUUGCGGUGGUCUGGAGGAGUCCAUGGCUCCCGGAGCUCCUGAGACGCUGGUGAGGAGGGACAGGCAGGCAGGCUGCGAGCGGGAGUCUAAUUCGGUGGGAGUGAUGGGAGCCACUUAGGGACAGGACUUACCAUCCAGGUAAGUGAGAAGCGUGUAGAUGGUUCAGGAGUAGGAUGGCCGUAGGGAGAUGUCCCGCCCCUGAGCAGAGCCUGAGGCCAGAGGGGCAGCACAGGGGCAAAGAAGGUGUUUCCUCAUCUGUUUUUUAAAGCCCAUCUCCUGUCUCAGAAAACUGAGGCCAUGUCUUCAUGGUCUGCAGUGUGAGUCCUGGGGUCCCUGGAGAUUGCAGCCCUCUCUGGGGUUGCUUCAGACUCUCCUCCUGCUGACAGUGGAACACAUCAGCCUCGCCCCAGGGAGGGCCCGCGAGGGGCUGAGGAUGAAUGGGAGACCAGCCCCGUUCUCUGCGCCUGGGCUAGUGAGGAACUCUCCCAGGUCGAGAUGAGGCGGCCCUAAGAGUUCCUCUCUCACCCGGGUAAUGUGGCACCACAGGCUGGUGGCAGACUAAUGAGGUGGGAGGGAUGUGCCUUUAAAUCUGAUGUGACCAAGGAUGGAGGAAACUGCUCACCUUACAUUGAGUGGUUCUUACAAGCAAUGUUCCUAUGACACUGGAGCAAGGAAGCUGGACAGUGAUGGAGAAAAUGCUGGCAUGUUUUCAUCAGUCCUCCCCAAAGAAUGCAGCAGCCAGGCCUGCUCUGUGUGGCCCAGUGCAUCCCAGGGACCUUGGGCAGUAGGAGAAAAAGGAGGACUUGGGGUUGAAGGGAGUGUGAAGGCAAGUUGGUAACUGUUUUGGUUGCCAUGGAAAACCUUAGGACUGGUAGGACUUGGGCCAAAGGCUCAGAAGCACAGUCAGAACUCAGAAACUUCUACACCAUCGACAGCCUAUACGCACAGAAACUACCUGUGCUUUGGUGAUGACGUGUUGAGGAGAAAUGUAUCCCCCGGGCUAAUGUAAUUUAGGGGCUUCCAAAUCACAGAAAUGUUUGUCGUCUCCCUCCCCAGGCCAGCCCCACCCAUGGUCAGGACAGCUAAGCAGCAUGUGAUGCUGUAUGAAUAGGAUUACAAACAUUCAUGCUCACCUUGCACUAGUCUAUAAAAAUAAAAUAUGUACCUUGAAAAAC